GAAUCGCUGCACUUUUCAGUAUUCAAUCGUUGUGAGCAACAUCACGAUUGCGACCGUUCAGCAAUUUGUUCAAACACUUAUGAUGGCUACAACUGCCAGUGCAAACCGGGAUAUUUGGACAUCUCACCGGACCCGGCUCGAUUGCCGGGACGCAAAUGUCAACAAUUGAUCAAUGAAUGUGGUGAUCGAACACAUGACUGUUCACCGUAUGCCACAUGCGAGGACACACAGGACGCCUUCUUGUGUAAGUGCAAUGAAGGCUACACGGACGUUUCGUCUCGUUACGGCCUUAAGCCGGGCAGAAAAUGCGCUAAAGUAGAGAAUCGAUGUUCGUCCAAAUCGUUGAAUUCAUGUGACGAGAAUGCAGAUUGUGUGCAGUUACCAGAUGGCUACACUUGCAAAUGUUUCAAUGGCUACAUUGAUGUCUCAAGCAAUGCUAACUUACCACCAGGAAGAGUAUGCACGCUACAAACCACAUGUCCCGCUCAACCGACAGAUCUCGUCUUCUUGAUCGACGGUAGCGGAUCAAUCAGUUCUGACGUAUUCAGAGAAGAGGUUUUAAGAUUCGUGAAAGAAUUUAUCGAGCUGUUCGAUAUCGCAUCGGAUAAAACGCGUGUCGCUGUGGUGCAGUACUCAGAUCGCAUCCGUCACGAGUUCGACUUGAAUCAAUACACAAGCGCAAGAGACCUCAAGGAUGCUAUUGAUCGCAUUCAAUACAUAACAGGAUUGACAAGAACUGGAGCGGCGAUACACCACGUUACAACAGAGGCAUUCAGUGAGAAACACGGUGCCCGACCCUCAUCGAACAGUGUUUCUCGUGUAGCGAUUGUGAUCACAGAUGGACGUUCGCAGGAUAACGUUUUGAAACCAGCGAAAGAGGCACGUCAACAGCACAUUCAGCUAUUCGCUGUUGGUGUCACUGAGCAUGUGCUCGAUUCUGAACUUGAAAACAUCGCUGGUAAGUUGAAAUCAGUCGAACAGAGUCAGCGAUCAUUUGGGAUUAUGCAUUAUCCAACCACUGAAGUGGUAAUUAAAGCUGAAUCAUGCUACGAGGCGAUUCCUGUCAAUUCAAAUGCAUGUGAUGGUUCAUUGAUGGGUUCACGUAAUGGUCUGAAAGGGAAAUCAAAAAUAUAUGGCAAAUUUAUCAUGUUUUUGCGUGAAUUCGUGUUUGCUCUCUCUGAAAGAAGUACUGAAAUUCGCAGUUCAAUUACUAAAUACAAAUGGUAUUGA